AUGGGACGAGGCGACGACGAUCGCGACCGGCGCUCCUCGCGCCGCAAGCGCUCCUUCUCCCGGUCGCGCAGCCGCUCCCCCGACGGCCGCGGCGAAGCGAGAGGCGAGCUCCGCUCCGUCCUGAACAAGAACGCCGAACUGAAGAGCAAGAUCGCCGCGCUGGAGAGCAUGCUCGAGAGGAGGGGCGGCGGGGGCAAGGGCGGUAACGCGCGCGUGCAGGCGCUCGAGUCUAAGCUCGAGGAGGUCCACAAGGACUGCGCGGGGAUGGACGCGUGGCUGUCGAAGGUUGUCAAGUACGCGUCGAGGGCGGAGGAGAGCAAGAAGGAUCUGAAGCGCGCCGAGGAGAAGCUGGCGUCUUACCUGGACGACGAGAGAGACGAGGACGAGGGGGAUCACGCGAACGGUGAUGAUAAGGGCGGCAAGGGGGAUGCCACCGAUGGGGGUGAUAAGGUGCACGAGGAGCGCGGGCGAUGGGAGAGCGCGGGGUUCGUCGGCGAUCCCUGA